CUCGUGACACAGCAGUCACAUGACAGAUUUGCAAAGAUGGCGUCGAAAGGUGGGCAGAUAGAUAUGCGCUCGCUGAAUGGGCCUCUCAGUGAUAUUGAAGCAAGAAGAACACACCAUCUGGCGGUGUCGAGAAAUUACAUUUCACAGCCGAGAAUAACCUACAAAACAGUGUCGGGCGUAAAUGGACCUUUGGUUAUCUUGGACGAUGUCAAGUUCCCCAAAUUUGCCGAGAUCGUCAAGUUGACGCUGGCCGAUGGCAGUCAGAGAAGUGGACAGGUGCUGGAAGUCAGCGGGUCAAAGGCUGUUGUGCAGGUGUUCGAGGGCACAUCAGGUAUUGAUGCCAAGCACACAACAUGCGAGUUCACUGGCGACAUCCUGAGGAUGCCGGUGUCGGAGGACAUGUUGGGGAGAGUGUUCAAUGGAUCUGGCAAGCCCAUCGACAACGGUCCUCCCGUCCUGGCAGAGGACUUCUUGGAUAUUCAAGGUCAGCCCAUCAACCCCUGGUCCCGAAUCUACCCCGAGGAGAUGAUCCAGACUGGCAUCUCCGCUAUCGACACAAUGAACAGUAUUGCCCGUGGCCAGAAGAUCCCCAUCUUCUCCGCCGCCGGUCUGCCACACAAUGAAAUUGCUGCCCAGAUCUGUCGCCAGGGCGGCCUUGUCAAGGUGCCAGGGAAGAGUGUGCUCGACGACCAUGAUGACAACUUCGCCAUUGUGUUUGCUGCCAUGGGUGUCAACAGAGAGACUGCGAGAUUCUUCAAACACGACUUUGAGGAGAACGGUUCCAUGGAGAAUGUUUGCUUGUUCUUGAACUUAGCUAACGAUCCUACGAUCGAGCGUAUCAUCACGCCCCGUAUCGCUCUGACCGUGGCCGAGUUCCUGGCGUACCAGUGUGAGAAGCAUGUGCUGGUCAUCCUCACUGACAUGAGUUCAUACGCCGAGGCUUUGAGAGAGGUGUCAGCAGCUAGAGAGGAGGUGCCCGGUCGUCGUGGUUUCCCUGGUUACAUGUACACAGAUUUAGCCACCAUCUACGAGCGAGCUGGUCGUGUCGAGGGGCGGAACGGCUCCAUCACACAGAUCCCCAUCCUCACUAUGCCCAACGAUGAUAUUACCCACCCUAUCCCAGAUUUGACUGGUUACAUCACAGAAGGUCAGAUCUACGUUGACCGACAGCUCCACAACAGACAGAUCUAUCCACCAAUCAACGUGCUGCCCUCCCUGUCCAGGUUGAUGAAGUCCGCUAUCGGCGAUGGCAUGACAAGGGAAGACCACUCCGACGUUUCCAAUCAGCUGUACGCGUGCUACGCCAUCGGUAAAGACGUGCAGGCAAUGAAGGCCGUGGUGGGCGAGGAAGCCUUGUCCCCGGAGGAUCUCCUCUAUCUGGAGUUCCUCACCAAGUUCGAGAAAAACUUCAUCUCACAAGGUCAUUAUGAGAACAGAACAAUCUUCGAAUCUCUGGAUAUCGGUUGGCAGUUACUGCGUAUUUUCCCCAAAGAAAUGCUGAAGCGUAUCCCCGCGGCCACACUCGCCAAAUACUACCCCAGGGACGCCUCCCGCUCACACGCUAGCGCUGCCAAGGACCAGAUCACAUCCUUGUAAUGUCAAUCAUCUGUAACCAUGGUAACACGACACUUCUCAGCUUGCAGUAUUCCUUGCGGCAGACAGUCCAGACAGUAAACUUUAGGAUGGUGUAUAUUAAUAAAAUCAAAUGUUCCCUAUCAAAUUUGGUUUUUGUGAAACUCACUCUUCAAAAUGUUAUGGACCCAACUAUUGUUUUUUUUGUCAAAUUAAUAUUUGAUAUUAGAUGACACCAUUCAAAGUGAAAUAUCUGUUGUUUUGUUCAAAGCUGAGCUGUUCAAACAAAGUCUUGUGAAACCUUUGUUAUUAUUCUUACAAAUAAAUUCUUUGGAAGUUAAGUGAGUGACAGAUUUCAUGUUGUCCCACAGCCCUGUCAGUGUGCUGGAGAUGAGAAUCAUAGUAAUAUAUAUGUGUGAACCCGUCUUCAUGUUCCACAAGAAUUGAACUACGCAAUGUUUCAUAUAUAGAAUCAUUUUCUCUGAUGGUAGUCAAUCGUUUAGAAUCCAAUGUGCAACAUUCUAGAUGAUAUGAGAUAAUCUGGAGAUGGUGGAUUGAAUGUGAAUGCAGAUAGGCUGAUUGACUUGAUAUUAAUUGCUCACUGGGUUUAAAGCAACAUUCAGUCACUAGAAUUGUAAUUUUCCCACAUGAACAUACCACUUGUGUUAUAGAGAUCUAUGUUUAUCAGGUUAUCAUCAGUGCUAUUAUAGUACUCAAAUGAUGUUAAGGACCACCCAUUAUUUUGUAAUACUAUAAUAAAUCUGUCAUGACAGAUUUACUUUAGCAAUAUGAAAGAAUUGUUGGUCCUUGAUUUCUUUUGAAUAGUAUAUCUUAGGAAUAGCGACAUUUGUAACUCUUCUUUGAUCAAAUGAUAUUUAUACUCUUUAAGUCCCUUCUGUGUUUGUUGUCUGUGGUUUAUGAUUUAAUGAUAUAUUUUGUUUUGGUUGUCAGUCUUUCAAAGUAACCAACAGAGAUCGCGUUUAUUCCAUCAUGACACUGAAAUGUUAGUCAUUAUUAGUAAUGUCUCGGAAAGUGUACUGGUAAAGUCAACGUCUUUAAGUAGAGACGAGAAGCUGUUUUUUGUGAAUUAUUUGUCACGAGUAAACAACAUUCCAUUGUUUGAAAGUGCUGUGACAGGUGUGUAGUUACCGUUAUAAAAUGUGUAGAGAAAGAUUACCUGCUUCAAACUAACCAAGUCCACAAUAUCAAUUCAUUAUAUCAUUCAUUUAAUAUUUCAAUUUGAAAAUGUGUAUCUUGAUUUUGACACUAAUGGGUUUGUAGUAGACUGACUGGCAAUAUUUCCAGAAGGUAGGGGAACCAUGUAUAUUAACAUUGUCAAUACUUUGCCCUGUUUAUUUGCUUGUCGACAUAAGUAUGUUUGAUUCCAGUUGUAAAUAAUUCUGUCUGUAAUGUGUGAGAUAAUUUGAAUAAUUUGCAUUGUUUAUACAUCAUUUCACAAAGUGAAUCUGUGACUGUUUGGAGGUUUUUUUGUAAUAUUUUAUUCUGUUCCUAAAAGCUCAUUUGGAUAAUUGUUUUAUUUAUCUUUAAUGUCGUUGCCUUUUUUGUGUUAAAUUUUGAAUAUGUUUUACUGCUUCUGGAAAACUAAUAUCCAUUGAAACAUUUUAGACAAUUAUUUCAGUGCAAAACUAUAUCUUAAUUUAAAAUAUUGUGAACUGAUGAAAGGGAUUUGAAUCAAUUUAUCAUUGCAUACCAUCAUACCAUGUUAUGGUAGAACACCACCUAGUGAGUUAGACUUGUAUUAAGGGGAGACAACACCAGAUUUCACUGUGAUAUAUGUGUUAUGUAGAGACUAUAUAUAGGCUUCUCAUCAAAUGGCUGUGUAUUUGACUUAUAUGUAGAUUAUGUUGUUUCUGUAUAUAGAGAGUAUUCCAUCACUUGACCUACGUAGAGGAUAUUAGCUUGAGGCAAUAUUGUCACCACAUACUGUAAAUCUUGAAAUUAACGCGAGCGUGAAUUAAGUGCGAAAAAUGCGAACGGCAUUUGCUCGUAUUAUUAAACAUCGCAUUUAUAUAAAAAAUAAGACAUUUUGGAUAGCAGAAAUACCAAUUUAGACAUACGCUGAAAACAAACAACUAUGUAUUGCACACUUGUUAUUGUAGCAAGUAUAUACUGUAAACAAUGUCAUUCAAACACAAAUUACAUCCUGGGAAUUGUCACUGCUGGGGUCAAGACACUUAUGUCAUCACUGAUCACACCUGCAAGUCCAGACAGACGUCGCUCAUGCAACACGUGUCUUUGUUUUUGCGACGGCAUCAAAGGCCAACACGAACCAGCGUGCAUUUAUUGUUUGAGCGGAAGUACUCUACUCAGCUCUAAUAAGCGGUGGUAUUUGGUGUGUGAUUGGAUUAAUAUAAGAAUGGACUGAUGUUUGAGAGGAAGGGGAUGUAGCAUUCAUAUCAAGUCGCAUUUUUGUCUAGGGGCAGUGGUCGCAUUCUUUUGGAGACGCAAUAAUUUCACGAUUUACAGUAUCUGUUAGGUGGUGCAGACGUAGAAAUGUCAGAUUAUGAUAUUGUCACCAUUAAUGAAAUCUUGUCACAUGUGAUCUGUUCAUUAGCUUCAGAGACAUCUAUUUCUUGCUGUACCUAAAUAUUGACAUUUCAUCUAAUGAUUGGCCCAGGAUUCAGCUCCAGCUGUUCAAGGACUUAAGAUGUCGUUCAGAAGUAAAAUAUGUUUAUUGAAUUGUUUGCCAACUCAUUUCAAUAAAGAUGAUAAAUCAGUUUUUGAGAGAUGCCUAGUCAGCAGGAUUAUUGACAUAGAUGAUGUAUUGAAGAAUCAAAUGUUACGAUUUUGUCCUAGCUGUUCUAAAACAGAUGUAUCAACCAGUGAUGUAUCUCCUUGUCACACACCAGUAUAUCUGUGUAGUGCUCCCUCCUCCGCACGUCCCGGUACCGCUCCUACUUCCACACGUCCCAGCGUGCACUGAUGGCAUUAGUUCAUUGAUGUCUUGUCCAGGGGUGGGUCCAGGUACAGUGAAAACUGAGCAGGGCCCCGUGCCACAGAGAGAUCUUAUCACCACGACUGUAACGACUCUCACAAGUGCUGAGAUCGCUUUGUAGAACAGGCCCUAGAGAGUGUUGACCUGGGAGUGUACUGACCAGAGAGGUUGUCGAUCUUCAAGCCUGUUCCAGUAUUGGACAUUGGGUGGUUGUUUCAUAAGGGUUCCUACCCCAACACAUGCGUGUCAGAUACAUGAGAUCAUCAGUAUGGGAAGGUGGAAAACCAUCAGACAAGGCCUCGGUGCCAGAAAGAUACAACCAGUGACUGAUACAGGAUUUUGUAAGCCUGGAUGGGGGCGGUCAUGUACCCUAGUGGUUAAAGUGUUUGCUCAUCACGCCAAAGACCCUUGUAAGAUUCUCAACGUGGGUACAAUGUGUGAAGCCCAUUCUGGUGUUCCCCGCCGUGAUAUUGCUGGAAUAUUGCUAAAAGUGUUGAAAACCAAACUCACUCACUGUAGCCAAGGAUGUCAUGCAAACCACUGGUCCAUUAUAUGCUGAAUAGUGAAAAUUUAGACAGACAAGUGAAAAUAUGUAUGGGCAAGUGAGAAUUUAGACAGAUUAGUUGUUUGCUCCCAAACGUAUACCACUUGUCUGAGAUGAGUCCUGGACUAGUUGGAUGUGACCAAUGGUUCCUACCCUUGGGGCCUCACACAACCAAAGUCAGGUGUGAUCAGAACAGGGGAUCCGACGCAGGUACAUACUUCCUGCAUCCCCCUGACGUGGCCAUUUUGGGGUCGUGUAAAGAUGAUCAUGCGGACCGGGAAUCUAACCUAUACUGGGAGUUUGUGUCUUUAGGCCCAUUACGGAAGUGUCUUCACUGAAACAUGUUUUGGUACUUUUAUGGUCGCAGGAUGGACAUGUGUAGUCCUGUCACGGGUAGCAGGUAGAUACCCUGUUGGGUGAGGUAGACCAGGUAAUCAGAAUGUGUAUAUUUGUAUCAGCUCUGUCUGUCAGUUCAUUGUACACUGGAGUACUUCAAUAAAGCAGUGCAACCACA